AUGGAUCAAGAUGAAAGGGGAAUUGUUUCGGGGAGUGGAUCGAAGGAUGCGGGGACCGCCAAGAAGCAGCGUCCACAGAGGAAGUUGCCGACGAAGACGAUUGGGUACUGGGAUAAUGAUUGCUUCUGGCCGACUUCGCUCCGCGAGCUGGGGCUUGAAAUCUGCCUAGGACACCCUCCUGGCGAGCCGUGCAGUGGAACUCACCCUGCGCACAAGUCGUUCCUUGUCUUCGACGCGAAUGGCUACCAUUCGGUCGAUAUUCGAUUCUGCGUAUGCUCGGCUACCCCGCCGUGGAAGCAACUACUCGAUGUUGGGUGGUAUCCGGCCUCUAGUCAGGACCCCCGCACGGCAUUCACGUUCGCUUUUCUCGACACAUUCCACCGCAUUACGCUUCAGGGCAAGAUCUCGCUUCACGACUACUAUCUGUCGGUCACGCACAAAACAGACAACGCUGGACUAAACAAACCAAUGUCACGAUAUCAUGAAGCGACAUUGGCCACGAGACAAUGGUCUCAUCUCAUGUUGCUCAAGCGGGCAGCUCGUGGACACGACCCGUUAGGUAUCAGCGAGACACCAAACGGUGCCCUCGCCGUUCUAUGCCCCGCAUGCCCUCAACCGGGUUGGAAUAUUCCAGACGACUGGGAUCAAUGUUCCCCCGAACAAAGAUGGAUAUACACGUUGUUCCUCGCGCUCGAUGCUUGCUUUCGUCUGAAGAACAAGGAUAGGAAGAUCAACGAUCCGGAACUGGGCAGUGGUUGGGGAUACUGUGUUGCAGAAGCUCCAUACCAGGAACAUCUCAAGUCGUACGUCGAGGUCGAGGAGACUACAGCUCCGUGCGACUCGACGUUCAAUGCGAUCAAACACAUGAACUCGACGAAUUCCAAGCCCGGUGUUAUGUCUAAAGGAGAGAAGUACGUGUCCAUGGAUUACAUUCUGUGGUCCACGCUUCUUCUCGUCGGCUGCAUGCUUCCGAUCGCUAUCAGCUAUGACAUCGCAUGCCAAUGGAAACAGAACCUUUGGAAACGACAUGCCACCCUCCCCACCACUUUUGCGACAGAAUUGAACUUCCUUCUUCAUGAAAAUACGGGCCUCACGCAUGGUGAAACGAUAGAGCAGGAGUGGGCCCAUAUCGGCGGCAUUGCUACCAUGACGCGGGACAUGGGUCCCGCGGCACGUCACCAUACGCUCAACGACCAUUGGGGAUCUUGGAACUUUAGGAAGACCGUCGGUUUGGGCACGGCGAUGUACAAGUCUUUGCUCUCUACGUUGCUAGAGUGUUCACGGCACCAGCGUAUCUACGAAGAAUAUACCGCCCGAUUCAGCCCAGCUCUCGUCUGUCAAUGGGAGGCUAUGAUUCAUCAAUGGGAGCUUGACCACAAGAAACCAAAUCCAUACGACGAACCCGAACAAGGCGAGGAUACCAUCAACGUCGGUCAACUGCGGAAAGCGCUCGCCGAACAGGAUGCGCAAGAGGCUAGUAUGAGGAUUCCUUCGCUGCAUCCGACGUCCGCGAAUGCGUUUAUUCGACAGGGCUUCCUUCUACGCGAUCAACAAUGGAACAUUCGUUAUCAGGCACAGCAAAUGAAGGCGAAUGCUACGGACACGGCGAUGUCUACGCUACAGGAGCGCCGCACAGCACUCUAUCGGAGUAUUCAGAACUGGUAUGACGUUCAGGAUUCCUACAUGCCGGCAGCCAUCACGCGCCGUUCCCCUCGGCGUGCAGAAAGCGGCGAAGAGUUCGAAGCGACCAUUCGGGCCGAAAAUCUGGUGAUACUGAUGCCGUCUGAUAUCGCCCUUCCUGAGCUCCGUAACUCCGGGUGUGUCGGCGACGUGAUUGACAAGGAGAGACAAACUGCUGCUCGGCGGAAAAUGAAGCAUUCGUUAGGAGGCCAGAAAGAAGGAACACGGUCUAAAACGCUUCUCGGGUCAGUCUCAAAGAAGUUACAGCAAGCUGUCAACGUCUACCAGACAUCGUACACGGCCGUCAAGAUUCUGGACCCAACAGGCGACUGGACGAAGCACUACCAUUACCUGUCUGACGACGACGUCCGCGGCCCUUUUCGCGACGAUCAGCCGGAUGAAGCGGAACGGAGGAGGACGCCGUCGUGGAUCUGGACCGUCCCUGGUACCCAGAAGAGAUCUGCCGAGACUGACGACCGUGAUGCCGACGAACAUAUGCGGGGCGAAUGGGCAAGGCAACGGGCGCGAUCACGAAGAUGCGCGGAGGAAGUCGUGUUGCUCGUGGAGGAGAUGCGACGUGUGUUGACGUUUCUCCGCGCGAAGGCGGCAUGGUGGGAGAAACGGCGGGAGCUACGGGUUGUAGAAGAUCGCGUUAUGCGCGGACUUGACGCUUACGCUUGCCGUCAAGCACGCAUACUUACCAAACUUGGCACAGUGUUCGCGUUACAAUGGCUACCAUUGCUCAAGAUUUCCAACCUUGGAGGCGACUGGAUACCAGAGUUUGACAUCAGAAAUAGUCCGCUAUCUGGUGUCCCAGCCGCAGCCGCCACCGAUUUAUCGUCUGCGGCCUCUUCAACUACCGAUAUGCCGCGGCCAAUCACCGCAGCACAGACUUCUACCAGCCUUGGGUCAGCUGUCGACAAAACAUCCGCUGAACACGCACCAUUCGAACCGUAUGCCGCGCGUGGGUCAGAAGACACCGAUAACGUGAACGAUGAAUUCGAUUCGGAUCCAGAAGAUGAAGAUAGUCACGAGAGCGAAGCAGAAGAUGAAGAAAUUCCAAAAGAACGCGGAUCUGAUGGGCGUAAGCUCGCCUUGAGCACGAUGAUCAAGCAGGAGCCAUGCUUAGAUGCGCACUGGGAAGCGAUAAAGGAGCGCAUUUGUAAGUUGGCGUUCGAAAUGCUGGCUAUCGGCCGCAUUUAUGACGAUCAACCAACGUUCGCCACCGCUUUGGUCGUCUGCACGGUCGCUAACGAUGAAGACUGGCAGUUCUUAUGGGACUACGUCGACUUCUGGCCGCUUCGCAUAUACCUUCGGUUUCUUCUCUCUGCCUACGCGCGUCCCGCAGAGCCGGUCGGUAUCGCCUUGAAGCUCAGGAAGACAUUCGAUGAUUAUCGUGUGCAUCAUGAGUCUGCCACUGCAUCAACUGCAUCCAUACAUAGUGACGACGGCACCGAUUCUCUCGAAAGCUAA